AUGGUUUUAUUACCGCCGUGCUCCGAUGUGUGCGGAAAGGAAUUUCGCAGUUCACUUAAGAAGCCGAGUCCGAACUAUCCGUAUAGAAAAGUGAAGAAAUGUCGAAUCGUGCCAGCUUUUACGAUUCAGGCGAUGCAGAAGGACACCAGGGUGCUCCCUCCCCCGAAGUGUGGCGUUUUCGACCCUUUGCCAGCGAAGCCGACAAUGUUCAGGAGAUGUUAUCAAAGGGGGGAAUUCCCUGUCUCUAUUGAGUUUACUACGAGCGGAAAACGGCUCGCUUGGAAGGUGCCUAUAGAAAAACUAGAUUUCCAUCAUUAUUUGCCGAUGUUUUUUGAUGGGCUAGCAGAAGGCACCUACCCUUUUAACUUCAUCGUAGAACAUGGUAUACAUGACCUAGUCACCAAAGGGUCCUACAAAAUACUCCCUGUUGUGCCUCAACUCAUCAUACCGAUCAAAAACGCGCUCGCAACAAAGCGACCGGCGGUCCUGUGCCAUGCUCUCAAGUGCAUACAGAUGUUGGUGACGGGAUGCGACAGGGUCGGAGAAGCCCUCGUUCCAUACUACCGCCAGAUAUUACCCACUCUCAACCUUUUCAAGGGCAGGAACCGU